AUGGUUCUUCCAGGCUUGCUUGAAAUCGCUGUGCUCCUCUCGCUCGUCAUCUCGGGCUGCCUCGGGCGUGACGUGCUCCGAAAGUCAUCCAGAGACACGGCUCCGUCUGGUUUUACGUUUACAGGUCCUGCUGCUCUGGACACGCCUCUCACCUUGAAGAUCGCGUUGACUCAGGGCAACCCUUCGGGAUUGGAGGAUGCUCUCUAUGAUGUCAGCACACCUUCAAGUUCGAAUUACGGCCGGCAUUUGACCAAAGCAGAGGCUGCGGCAUAUGUCUCACCGACGUCUGAGACUAUGUCAGCCAUUACCUCUUGGAUACGGCUAAAUGGGCUCAAUGCGACUACCAUGACCCCAGCUGGCGACUGGAUUAGCAUCCAGACGACCGCCGCACAGGCUAAUACGCUAUUCGGCGCGAACUACAAUGUCUAUGUUCACGAAAGCACAGGGAAACAGGUCCUUCGGACGCUAGAAUACUCCAUUCCUGAGGAACUCACGAGCCAUGUCACUGUCGUUCACCCGACCAUCAUGUUCCCGAAGUUCUCCGCCUUGUCUCCUGUGUUCUCUACUCAGCCGAAACAGCGAACGCAACCUCGGGCGGAUGCGGUUGUCGACCCUGUUGGGGCGUCCUGCAAUAGCACCGUUACGCCAGCAUGCCUCCGGUCUCUGUAUGGUAUCCCCAUUACUCCUGCCACGGAAUCACAUAACAAGCUCGGUGUCACUGGCUACUUUUACAAUUGGGCCGAUAGAGCCGAUCUGCAGAACUUCUUGAUCGAAUAUCGCCCCGAUAUGUCGUCUUCGACCACAUACUCGCUCGAGACGCUCGACGGAGGGUCAGACCCGCAGGACAUCGAUGAGGCCAGCAGUGAGGCUGAUCUUGACAUCGAAUACACAGUCGGAAUCGCCACGGACGUCCCAGUCAUCUUUAUCUCGGUCGGCGAGUCCAACAACGAUGGGGACCUUGAUGGCUCCUUGGACACCAUCAUCUAUCUGCUUAACCAAGAUUCACCUCCACAGGUGAUCACCACGAGCUACGGAGACUGGGAAACCGAUGUUGACGAAGGGAUGGCGGCUAACCUAUGCAAUGCGUAUGCUCAGCUUGGGGCUCGUGGUGUAUCGCUCAUGUUCGCGUCCGGUGAUGGCGGUGUCUCCGGGAUCCAGCCUAUAUCCUGCACCACAUUCGUCCCAGAGUUCCCUUCUGGAUGCCCAUACAUCACAUCUGUGGGCGGGACCAUAGGAACGAAUCCAGAAAGCGGUGUGUCCUUCUCUGCGGGAGGUUUCUCCAACUACUGGGCACGCCCGUUCUACCAGUCCACUGUCGUUCCCGAGUAUCUUGAUUAUCUCGGCUCGACCUACUCUGGCCUCUACAACGCGUCCGGCCGCGGGUUCCCCGAUGUCGCCGCACAGGCAAGAAAUUUCGAGAUAGUCACCGGGGGCAUCACCGAACUGGCCAGCGGGACGAGCUGCGCUAGCCCAACCUUCGCGUCGAUCAUCUCGCUGCUCAACGACGAACUCAUUGCUGCUGGAAAGCCUCCCCUCGGUUUCCUCAACCCAUGGCUAUAUUCGACUGCUGCCUUCGCGCUGACGGAUAUCACCUCGGGUAACAACCCUGGUUGUAACACCACUGGCUUCUCUGCGACGGCAGGGUGGGAUCCGGUCACGGGUUUGGGGACUCCUGUGUUUUCGAAGCUCAAGACAGCCGCGGGACUAUGA